AUGACCUGUGAUGACCAAANUUUCUCUCAUUUUUCUAUAGAUGCAAAUGGUAACUUAGAUCCUGAAGAAGGAUGUCUUCCUGGCUCUCAUAAUCAAAGAAGAAGAAGUAGAGCGGUUCUCUAUCAGUUAUCCGGUCAUUAUAGGCAAGAUAAAAUGAAAACAAAAUUAAAAUUAAAUAAUAAACUGCUUCAUACAACAGCCUUACCUGAAUACAAGACAGCAGCCUUAAAACGAUCCAGGUUUAUUAUUUCACAUUAUGGUAUUUUUAAAACUUGUUGGGACUGGCUUAUUUUAUUUGCUACUUUUGAUGUAGCUGUUGUUGUACCGUAUAGUGCUGCUUUUCAUAAUCGAGAUGAUAAUGCUCUAGAGGAAAAACAGGAUAUGAGACGUUACAGCAAAACUAUAAUUGCAGAUAUUCUAGUCGAAGUAUUGUUUAUAAUAGGGUGGGUCAGUCAAUUGGCAUUAAAGCUAGGAUACAAAUUCGUCAAUCAGACGGACACUGCAACACGAUACAUCACGGCUCUGUACUUCACAACAAGCAGCUUGACGAGUGUCGGUUUUGGUAACGUAUCAGCAAAUACUAAUGCAGAGAAAGUAUUUUCCAUAUUAACUAUGUUAAUAGGAGCACUUAUGCACGCUGUCGUUUUUGGGAAUGUUACGGCAAUUAUUCAAAGGAUGUAUUCGAGACGUUCUUUGUAUCAGACAAAGCUAAGAGAUUUGAAAGAUUUUUUUAAAUUGCAUCAAAUUCCGAAACAACUUCGUCAAAGGAUGAUCGAUUAUUUCCAAACUACUUGGAGUAUUAAUCAUGGGAUUGAUCUGAACGAGGUAUUAAGAGAAUUUCCUGAUGAGUUGAGAGGCGACGUUUCAAUGCAUCUUCAUAAGGAAAUCCUUUCUUUACCAAUUUUCGAAACAGCACCUCAAGGAUGCCUGAAACUUCUAUCUCGACACAUCAAAAGCAAUUUCUGUGCACCUGGAGAAUACCUCGUCCACAAAGGGGAUGCAUUGACCAAUAUUCAUUUAGUCUGCAACGGCUCAAUGGAAAUCUUGCAAGAUGGAAUGGUUGUAGCAAUAUUAGGAAAAGGGGAUUUAGUAGGAUGUGAUAUUUGUACAAAAAUGACAGACAGUGUAAUCAAAUCAACCAGUGAUGUCAAAGCAUUAACGUAUUGUGAUUUAAAAUGUAUAUAUAUACCCGGUUUAAUAGAAGUUCUUCGUCUCUAUCCGGAAUUUGAUGAAACAUUUUGUCACGAUAUCGUUCACGAUUUAACUUUUAACCUACGUGAAGGUUACGAAAACGAGGCUGAGGAGAACAAUGUAGCUCCAUCCGUUACGUUGCCUUCUAUAUCUGAAGAUGAUGAAACAAAUGAUACAGAUGAUACAGCACCUGUGUCACCACCGAGUGGAGUAGGAAGACAGUGGCCACAUUAUGGUAUAGGAGACGACUGUAGGAAUUCCAGUCCAUCAACUCCUCUGUAUCGUCGUUUAGUAUCUUCAUGUAGAUCAACAAAACUCCGUCCUGCAGCAACACACCCUAACUUAGGUCGAGCAUGGGAAGGUUUCGAAGUCCGUGAAGAGAUCGAGAUGAUGAGAAGUAGCGUUGAGAGGCUGGAUAACCAAAUCGCGGUAUUAUCCCAAGAUGUCACAUCUUUAUCGGAUAACGUUCGAACCAGUUUAAAUCUUCUACAGCAAAUAUGCCCUUCAAAAAAUCCAAAUAGCAAUUCCGCUCCAAGGCAAUCCUCCACAUGUUCCACCCAGACGGACUUAACGUGGAAAUGUCUACCGGAACUAUCGUCCAAUUGCCCUACAAGGGACAGAGUUAGGUUUACUAUAGGCCAGCUAAGUGGUAAUUUAUCAAGUGAAGAAUGUGCUCCUCACAGAAACAGACAGUGGGAUUCUUUUCCCGAUUCUAGCAGAGAGAGAGAUCAUGUGAUAGACCUGGAUUCUAAUCCUAAAUCAUGGAAGAAUGAUUUAUAGUAAACAUGAAAAGAAAAAGUUUUUAAACUGCAAUUUUAUUCAUCUAUGUUUAUCAAACGUUGCAGUCCGCUAUACAUAAUAAUAACAUAUAAAUAAAUAAAUAUAUAUAUAAAUAUAUUAAAUUACAGACUUUGUAUGACAAUCUGCAAACAAAAAAAUGGAGUUUCGGUUUAGCAAGUCUUUUCAAAUAUAUCUUCAUUAAUCUUUUAUUGUAUGUAUUGUAAUUUCACAUCUAAAAGAAAGCAAAAAUAUUCAUUUUUUUUCUCAUAGCAUCAUCAUUCAUUCAUUCAUUUAUAGUUAACAUCAGUCACAUAAAAUAAAAGCAACAAAAUCGAUUUUUUUUCCAUAACAUGAUUCGCAGAUUCAUUUACAUCAGUUCAAUAUCGAAACUGCCUUAAUGAUGAAUUUAUGUAUAAUUUAAAGAAGGAAAAAAAAUACAUUUAAAUAAACUAAAUGUUUGUUUAAGUUAAUUUAUUGUUUAAAAAUUAAAAAACAAAAAUUCUCUCUUAUUUUAGA